GCUCAAGGGAUUAAGAGGCUUCUGCCUGGACAGUGGUAUCUCCUGUUCCAUACACUGUUUUUCUGAUGGAAUUCAUCCUGAAGACGGUUCCUCUGGACAUCUAGUAACGGAAUGAAGCUUGACAGAUGUCAUCUCUGGACCAAAUCAAGUGAAGAAGCAGCUGGACAAUCGUGGAAAUGAACGUUUUUGGACAUGCACAAGAGUAGCCGCAGACGAUCCGGCUAAGGAUAGCUGUAAUGGGCCUGUAAGAGGUGCUGCUUGAGGCGCUAUUAAGGCUGGACUUUCCUUUUACACUUCUCUCCCUUAUGUCCGAGGCCGACUCUGAGAAUGAGCAUCCAUUAUGUGACACUGUGAGAGCAAGAGGACGGAUUUUUGGCUUUUACCGCACCUGUUGGAUUCUAAGCCACAGGUUAAAUGGUGCUGAUAACUGGAGACUGUACUGGAGGAGGUCUACCUUUGGUACAAGAUCAAAACAGCACCAGCCAUGGUCAGGUGGGAGCCUGCCGAGCUUUUGAGGCAUCUUCUGUCCAGAUCUCCUCGGAUGAAGAGAAGGAUGACCUUUCUGAUACAGACAGUGAUGAUAACGAUCAUACGUACUACGAUGAUGAAGACGACGAUGAUGUCUACCAGGAAUUUGAGGAAUUAGAUUUCUCCCAGUUUUCAGACACCAAGAGCAAUGCAUCGGACGACUCCUUUUAUCCACCUGACGACUCGCCUGUCAGGUAUUAUUACCGCACUCCUUCCCCCCAGACUCCAGAGCCUAUCUCCUUCUUCAAGGCAUGUUCCAAUAACAAUCCCAUCCUAGUCAAAGUCAUGAUCCGGCAAGGAGUCACGGAAGAAGAAGUGCGGGAAGUGGACAAGAACAACAGGACAGGUCUGAUAGUGGCAUGCUACCAGGGAUACGUGGAUGUGGUCAUUGCCCUCGCACAGUGUCCUCACGUGAACGUGAACUGGCAGGACAACGAGGGAAACACGGCCCUAAUGACAGCGUCACAAGCAGGUCACAUUAUGAUUACCCACUAUCUCCUGAAUUACUUCUCUGGGCUGGAUAUUGAACGUCGGAACUGCCAUGGGUUCACAGCUGUGAUGAAGGCGGCCAUGCAAGGUCGAGCAGAGUGUGUUCGAGCCCUGAUGUUGUCAGGAGCAGACCCUGACGCGAGAGACUUUGGGCGCAAGCUGACAGCACGUGAAUGGGCCCUCUUCACGGGUCGCCAUGAGACAGCUCGUACGAUUUUGCGCCUGAUGGCGCAGCCAUGUGCUGAGCAGUUUUGCGACUCCUAUCGUAUGGAGUGGCCCGCACUGAAGGAACUGGUGGAGAAAGCCCAGGAGCCCAAGUCAUGCUGGAGGAAGCUGACGGAGCGUGCCUGCACUGCCUUGGUCUUCAGGAAAAAGACGGAUCCGCUGGAGGAAGGCGUGCUGGACUACAUGGUACGAAUGACCACGGCGCUGUCCAGCCCGUUUGUGGCCACAGCCUGCCACACCGUGUGCCCAGGAAGCCCGCCUUGUUUGGGCAAGCGGCGGCCGGCCGUGCCGGACAUCCUGCGCAAACAAAGACUGGACGAGCUGAGGAGCCUUGGGCCAGAGCGCCUUAGCAACUACAAGCGCCUAUUCCAGAACUCUCGUGUGCUGCUGGUGCCUAAGAAGCGUGAGCGUCGUGCCAGCCUGCAGCCCACCAUGCUGCACGAUGUGGCGCUGGCCUCCAGUGUGGCGCUGCGCAGAAGCAGCCUACUGCCACUGCACAUGAUGCGCAGGAGCAGUGUACGCCCGGGCAUCGUGGUGCCCAAGGUGCGCCUCUGCAAGGCUCCGACACCCACUUACAUGCCUGAGAAGAUCCGGCACAAAGGCAAUAAGGACCCACAACACCUGCAGGUGCCCAAGUGGAAGUAUAAGGCUCUGAAGGAGGAGAGGAAGCAAGCAGAACAGGACAACAAGCUUAGAGUUCCUGUCCUGAGGAAGAGAUAAGGGCGGUAGUCCUGAUCUUUGACCAGAAUAUGGCCUCCUGAUCUCCUGAUAUGAGGGAAUUCUUUGUUUCCAAAUUGUGGUCCUGGAAUAUCUGUUUGAUGCAUUCUAUUUACCUUAGAAGUCAGAUGUCAGAGCUGGGAAUGCUCACACCCGAGUUGAAAGCAUUUCAGUUAAAAAAUUCCGACUGUUUACCACAACUGGUUUGACAGUCAUUUACUUUUGUUCUAUAAUCAAUUAAUUCAAAAUAUGUCCUACAUUUAACGUCAUAGGUUGUCAAAGCUCAGCACUGUUGGUGAUACCAAUCAAUAAUGAUGUAUUAUAUGGUAUUUUGCAUAACCAAAAACAGUGAACACAAGUCCACAGGUAGUAGUUGGACAGUACUGUGUAAACAACUAAUUUAAUGACACAUCGAUUAAUAGAAGUGCUAAUAAACUGCAUAAUACUACUGCUUUUACUACCUUUGAUGUGCUGUGCAGCCAUCUUGGAUCAUUAACUAUCUACCAGCUUUCUGAAAAUCUGACUUCUGAUUCCAGCUACUUGGAAAUUAAAAGCUUCAACAUCCUUAUUUAAUUGGAAUGCAGCAUUCAUCCCUUUUCCAACAGCCCCUCUUCAGCUCAGAAAGGGCGUAUUAGUCAGUUGAUCUGGUGGAUCAAGUUUGAGAGCAGGGAAAGCACCUAAAUAUGCAGGGUUGGGUUAUUCCAGAAUCAUGGGUGGGAGCGACUGCACCACAGCCAACAGAGAGUAAUGAUACUUACUCUCAUUGUUCCAAAGACAGUAGACUGAUAUUGGCUUUCGCCCUUCAGCUACGUUAUAUUUGGCCUUUGAGAAGUUUAAGAACGUGUGGCUUUGUUUUUUUAACUGUUUUGAACAAACACUUUUGUUGUUUCUUCAGAGUUACAUAACACAUCAUAGAUAGAAGUGCAUUAAUUUCAUUUUAAGUGUCCUGCUCUUUAUGAGGAGAUCAUACUUGAAAUUUGAUACAAACUAAUUUCUAUCAUUUUUUUAAACUGAAAUGUUUCUUGUGUUGUGAACAAUUUGACUGGACUUGACUUGAUGUUACUGUUCAAACGGGUUCUUUUAGGAGUGUUCCUUCAACUGUAUCUCACAAUAACUCCAUAAGUCAAUUAAUAAAGACAACAUGUCAUACAUUCCCUAUGUGUUUAUGAAAAAUGCCUUUGAGACAAGAAGGCCCCAGGACUGACAUCCACAUUUGAGGUGUAAUAAAUUGCUACAGUUA